CAGAGAAGAAGAAGGCAGCCACAAUGCCUGACUCGCCGGCCGACGUGAAGACUCAGUCCAGAUCGACACCCCCCAACAUGCCUCCUCCGCCGCCAGCCGUCACGCAGGGAGCCACGCGGCACCCCUCCUUCACGCCAAACACCAAUCAAGAAGCUGGGCCUCCGACGUUUCUGCCUCGCGGCCGUUUUCAUGGUUGCUUGAAAUGGUCGAUGGUCUGUCUUUUAAUGAAUGGAAGCAGCCACUCGCCUACCGCUAUCAAUGGAGCUCCUUCCACCCCCAACGGGUUCAGCAACGGGCCUGCCACCUCCUCCACUGCCUCCCUGUCCACCCAUCAGCUCCCUCCCGCCUGCGGCGCCCGGCAGCUCAGCAAACUCAAGCGCUUCUUGACCACCCUGCAGCAGUUUGGGAACGACAUCUCCCCGGAGAUCGGGGAGCGGGUGCGCACGCUGGUGCUGGGGCUUGUGAACUCCACGCUGACCAUCGAAGAGUUCCACUCCAAGCUCCAGGAGGCGACUAACUUCCCGCUGCGCCCCUUCGUCAUCCCCUUCUUGAAGGCCAACCUGCCCUUGCUGCAGCGCGAGCUGCUCCACUGCGCCCGCAUGGCCAAGCAGACCCCAGCCCAGUACCUGGCCCAGCACGAACAGCUGCUGCUCGAUGCCAACGCCUCUUCCCCCAUCGACUCCUCUGAGCUGCUCCUGGAGGUCACCGAGACUGGCAAGAGGAGGACACCAGACAGGACCAAAGAGAACGGCUCGGACCGAGACCCUCUGCACCCCGAACACCUCAGCAAACGGCCGUGCACCAUGAGCCCCGCUCAGCGGUACAGCCCCAGCAACGGGCUAAGCCACCAGCCCAACGGGCUGCCCCACCCCACCCCACCACCACCCCCGCACUACCGCCUGGAGGACAUGGCCAUGGCGCACCACUACCGGGACACGUACCGGCACCCCGACCCCAGGGAGCUCCGGGAGCGCCACCGGCAAGUGGCCGUGCACGGCUCCCGCCAGGAGGAAGUGAUCGACCACAGACUAACAGACAGGGAGUGGGCUGAGGAGUGGAAACACCUCAACAACCUGCUGAACUGCAUCAUGGACAUGGUGGAGAAGACGCGGCGCUCCCUCACCGUGCUGCGCCGCUGCCAGGAGGCCGACCGCGAGGAGCUCAACCACUGGAUCCGCCGCUACAGCGAUGCUGAAGACAUGAAGAAAGGCCCCAACCCCCCACCCCGCCCCCACAACAGCUCCUCCAACUCCGAGGCCCCCCCAUUAGACACUCACCGGGAGUUUGUGCCCAGGCCCCUCUCUGGUUACAUGCCUGAGGAAAUCUGGAGGAAAGCUGAAGAAGCUGUGAACGAGGUGAAGCGCCAGGCCAUGUCCGAGCUCCAGAAGGCGGUGUCGGACGCGGAGCGCAAGGCCCAUGAGCUGAUCACUACCGAGCGAGCCAAGAUGGAGAGGGCCCUGGCGGAGGCCAAGCGCCAGGCUUCCGAGGACGCGCUGACGGUGAUCAAUCAGCAGGAGGACUCGAGUGAGAGCUGCUGGAACUGCGGGCGCAAGGCCAGCGAGACCUGCAGCGGAUGCAACACGGCCCGCUACUGCGGCUCCUUCUGCCAGCACAAGGAUUGGGAGAAGCACCACCACGUCUGUGGGCAGACUCUGCAGGGCCUCCAGGCCUCCGCUGGCGCAGCCCCUUCCCAGGGGGUGGGCUUAGGGGUGGGCUCAGCUCAACCGGAUGUGGUGGCUGUCAGCGCCUCCAUCACCAGCGUGGCCACCAUGGCCGCCAGCCCCAGCGAAACCGGCUCGGCUGCUGCGUCGCGCUCCGGCACGCCGGCCACCCCAGCUCCUCUGGAAACGGCAUCACGCUAACCGACCGACCGGCCAGCCAACAGAGGGGAAAGAAACAGAGAAACCUACAGAACGUCACUGCUGCUACUGCUUCUCUCCAAAAGAAAAACUAACUGCAUUCAAUGCAACUUCCUCAGCUACCUGACUCUUCUGUGACCUCCAAAUGACCUCUCGAUCUCGCAUAUGUAAUCCUCACGGAUCCUCAAACUGGGCUUUAAGUGGAGUUAAGGCAAAUACCAAUCUUCUCUGUUCU